AUGAGCUCGCAACCAAACGAUACCCCCGCUUCGGCAACCCUACAGAAUGACGCUCAGCCUAGAGUGAUAGAUGAGAAUACGGAUUUAUCAACUUUAACAGAUCAGGAGAUCAUGAAACUAAUGGAAGGGAUGGAUCAUCAAGAAGAUCAAAUGAACAAGCCUUUGAUAAGUACACCUGUACCUCUCGUAGUGAUCAGGCAAGAAUACGAAAGAGGCAAUAUACAAAUACUGAAAAAACUGGAUUGGUUAGCUGAAAAUGGCUGGGAUCAAGUAUGGAGAGCUAGAGGUGAUGGGGACUGUUUUUAUCGAUCCUUCACCCUAGCUUACCUAGUUAGGAUCCUUCAUUCACCUGAUCCUCAACUGGAAGCAAAUCUAGCCUUUGACGCGAUCCAAAGAGCUUUACCCGCGAUGGAGCAAUGUGGAUUUGACAAAGAGCUGUACGAAGAAUUCCUAGAGCCACUUCUGGCUCUUAUACGCUCAUUCGCUGAAGGUGAUCACGAAGAAACAUCAACUGAAUAUGGUAUAGUCCAAACUUUACAAGAUCCAGAAAGGUCAAAUUGUAUAGUCGUAGCACUUCGACUAAUAACAUCGUCAUAUAUACGUACACAUUCAGAUCUAUUCUCACCAUUCUUAUUAUCACCAACAACUUUUUUACCGUUAACAACUGAUGAUUUCUGUCGAUCGGAAGUUGAACCAUGUGGGAAAGAAGCUGAUCAUGCUCAAAUCAUGGCUUUGGCAGAAGCGAUGAAUAUUGGGAUUAGAAUAGCUUAUCUAGAUAGAAGUGAUUUGGGCGGAAUAGAUGAUGGUCAAGGUAAUGAAAGUGUUAUCAACUGGGUGGAAUUCGGUAAAGAUGCCAGCGAAAAUUCACAACCUUUAACUUUGCUUUAUAGACCAGGUCAUUAUGAUGUCGUAACGAAAGAUGUUCCGCCUAAACUCUGA